CGCAUGGCCAACGCCAAUGGCUCGUCCACCGGUGCAGGCCAUAGCGACCUCGUCAGGGCCAUUUCGCACGAGCAGCACCAGGCGUUCAUGGCCUCCGUGCCCCGGGCCGCACCGGGCGGGGUGAAUGUGCACCACCAGCAGCACUUCCACCAAUACCCCGCCGGCUUGAUCCCAGCGCCGGUGGCACUGCCGGUUCACGCACCGGUGUCGUCACAGACGUCUCCGUACUCCGCCCAGAUCGCGGUGCCGCCGCCGCCGCCACCACUCAUCGCAUCUCCAGACCACCGCCUGCACUCCCUGCCGCCUACCGGAUGCUACCAGCUGGACUAUUCUCCAUAUGGCAACGCUGCUGCGCCUUCGCAGCAGCACACAUCAGCAAUAAGGGGUUUUGCUGACUGGGGAACGCACAGCAAUGCGCUCAUGUCCUUGGCUCAUGCCACUAGUUUUGGUAACAACGGGAGCAGCAAUAUCAACAACAAUGGAUUAUUACAUCAAAACUUAUCCCCGUACACCACGCAUACAUGGACUACUACUUACGUGCAGAGGCCUUAUAACACUGCUGUUUAUGCUCCUGCAACAAUGAAUAUGCUCCAAACUCCUCCAUUUCAUAGCAACAGCCAUGAAAAAGAGUCAGGUGCAGUUUUUUCAAAUAGCUUUAACAUGGCCCCAUCAGUGACACCUACCUCCCCUUUUCAACUUAUGUCUCCAAGCUCAACCAACUACACUUCCACUCAAAUCUUCGAGGAAACCAACAAUUUAGAGGACACUUCAAGAGUCUUUGGAGGUGGGGAUAACGAAAGCAACAACAGUGAGGAACCGGAUCCCAAGCCGGCUGUGGAGAUGGAAGACCUAAACCAAGGCAAUGAUCAUACUUCGAAUAAAACAGCUAACUGUCAAGAUUACCGUAUGGUCCUGCGCAAGGACUUGACAAACAGUGAUGUUGGAAACAUUGGAAGAAUCGUGCUGCCAAAGAAAGAUGCAGAGCCUAACCUUCCAAUCUUGGAAGAUAAGGAUGGCCUGAUACUGGAAAUGGACGAUUUUGAACUCCCGGUUGUAUGGAAUUUCAAGUACAGGUACUGGCCUAAUAACAAGAGUAGGAUGUAUAUAUUGGAAAGUACUGGUGAAUUUGUUAAGAGGCAUGGGCUUCAAGCUAAGGACAUCCUCAUCAUUUACAGGAACAAGAAAUCUGGCAGAUAUGUUGCCCGUGCGGUGAAGGCUGAGGACAUAGCGCCGCCAGAAUGCGAGUGCGUCGAGGCAGGAAACCCUAGAGAAGAGUGCGGCUUCUCCGUCAGUCCUUCGAUCAAUAAGAAGAUCAUCACGUAGAUGGCUGGAGCAUCAGAAAUGUAUGGUGUAGGCUGUUUGCCGCGCAGGAGCACACCGAGAAUCGGCGGUUGCUGGGAGCCAAGCAACUGUUUCGAUCGAGGUUGUGUCGUCAAAGCUGAAUUCCCACCCAACCUGCGUAGGCCUGUACUAUACUGUUUCCCUUGUUUUUGUCGGCCGUUUCGUGUAGUUCGAGAUAAAUGAUGAGUUUGCUUUUGUAGCUGUAUAUAUUUCGUCUUUGGAUAAUUCGGUGACAAACAAGUCAAGGUCGUUAUAUACCGUCUUUUUGAAUAAUUAUUACGAUUAUAAGAAGUUUUUUUU